CCCUCGCUCCGGCAGCCCGCCCGGUCCGCUCCACGCCUUCCACACUUCCACUCUACUACCGUCCGCCUCCCGCCGCCCCGCCUCGGGCGCGGCGGCACGCCUGCACCAGCCCACCAAUCCCUUUCCUUCUCCAACUCCUCCUCCAUAAAUGGCCGCGCCGUGACAGCCACAGCCCUCUCACUCCCUUCCUCGCUCGCUCCCCCUCCCUCCUCCUUCCAGAAACCCCGCGAAGACCCCCGGAUUCGCAGCCAUUGCCCGUACGCGAGCCAAGAACCGAGGAGGGGACCGCGAGAACCCAAAAAGAACAGAAGGGAGCGCCGCGAGAUGCGGAGCAUGGCGGCGGCGUGCUCGUCCUCCUCCUCCUCCUGCAGAGCCUUGGCCGCCGCGCGCCGCUCGUACCCGCCCCCCGCCCUGCCUUCCUCGCGCCACGUCGCGCCCUCGCCGUCACCGUCCGCCGCACCUUCUUCUCGUGGCUGCCGCUGGCCGGUCGCCGGCGCCGGCGCGCCGGCGCUCUCGCUCGGCAUUCGCGGGGGCCUGCGGCCGCUACCGUCGCCCCUGCUCGCGGCAGGCGGCGCCGCGGCGAGGACGCGGACGGCGGCGGCGGCGGCCGCGUCGCCGCCGGCGGCGGACGCGGGCGGAAAACCCGAGGUCGCCGACGGCGUUCCACGGACGCUGCAGCUCGGGGCCAUGAUCCUCGUCUGGUACCUGCUCAACAUCUACUUCAACAUCUACAACAAGCUGGUUCUCAAAGCCGUGCCCUUUCCGUACACCAUCACCACCUUCCAGUUCGCAUCCGGAUCCUUCUUCGUCGCGCUCAUGUGGCUGCUGAAUCUGCAUCCGAGACCGAGGCUCUCCCCCAAACAGUAUGCAAAGAUCCUGCCUCUUGCUUUGAUCCACAUGCUGGGAAAUGUUUUUACCAAUGUGAGUUUGGGCAAGGUGGCUGUCUCCUUCACCCACACCAUCAAGGCCAUGGAGCCCUUCUUCUCUGUUCUCCUCUCUGUCCUGUUCCUAGGAGAGACACCUUCUGUAUUGGUGUUGGGUUCGCUCGUCCCUAUUGUUGGUGGAGUUGUAUUGGCAUCCGUGACUGAAGUUUCUUUCAACUGGAUUGGAUUUUGGAGCGCCAUGGCUUCAAAUCUUACCAACCAAUCACGGAAUGUUUUAUGCAAGAAACUUCUCUCUGAUAAAGAGGACAGUUUUGAUGAUAUAAACCUGUUCUCAAUAAUGACUGUCAUGGCAUUCUUGUUAUCUGCUCCACUGAUGCUAUCUGUAGAAGGCAUCAAGUUUAGUCCAUCGUACCUGCAGAGUGCUGGAGUUAAUGUAAAAGAACUAUGUGUGAAAGCAGCACUUGCUGGAACAUGUUUCCAUUUUUACCAACAGGUUUCAUACAGUUUAUUGGCUAGAGUAUCUCCUGUGACCCAUUCGGUUACCAACUCUCUCAAACGUAUGGUGGUCAUCGGGUCAUCAGUUCUCUUCUUCAGAACUCCACUUUCACCUAUAAAUGCCUUAGGAACUGGUAUUGCUCUUGCUGGAGUUUCCCUGUAUUCUCAAUUUAAAAAGGCAAAACCAAAGUCUAAGGCUGCAUAAAUACGACCACCUGGUGAGGUAACAAACUGUAGAAGGAUCAAGAAUUUGGGAACUGUCAACUGAUGCGGUGAAAUGGACUUGCCUUCACAGUAGCAAACAUGAAACAGCUGUUGCCCCAAGUUUGUCUUAAAACAUAUUCUCUUCUUAACUUCUUUGGCUGUGAGAAGCUUGUACAUAACAGUCAAGAAGGUUGUGGUGGAACAACACCGAAAUAGCACUGUCAGAUAGUUUUCAAAAGAAUGGAAAUUUUGGCACAUACUCUAGUUCUCAUUUAGUGGUAGCCUGAUACUCUUUGAUGUGGAUGAGAUUUAUCAGUCUCUUUGCUUUUUAAGUCAUUCUUCUUUAUAAAAUUGGCACAACAGUCACAGUA